AUGAGCUCAGUCGCGCCAACCUGGAGCCCGGGGACACAGAGCAGGUGAUUAACCACCUCCACAGAGAGCUGCUGGAGGCCCAGGAGUUGGCCAACACAGGCAAGCAGAAGUGUCUGGAGCUCCAGGCCUUACUGGAGGAGGAGAGGAGGAGUAACAGGCAGCAGACUGAGGAGUCAGCCAAGCAGAUCCAGUACCUACAGAGUCAGUUGGGGAAGCUAGCGGUCGACAUGGAGGAGCUGAAGGAGCAGAGAGAGAGCAGCAUCAGCAGCACACAGGAGGAGCUGUACUCUGCUCAGGAGGAGGUGCUAGUUCUCCACCACGCCAUGGAGGCCGCCACGGCCGAGAGGGAGCGAGACAUCGCCGCCCUGCAGAGGGACCUGGGAGGUGUCACGGCCGAGCUGGAGAAGUGGCGUCAGGCUGCGUCGAAAUACGAACAGGAGAUCAACUCCCUGCAGGCCACCUUCCAACAGCAGAGCCUGCACCAGCAGAGAGCCCUCGAGCUACAAGGAGAGUUGGAGCGCCUUCAGAAGGACUGCUCCAGUCUGCAGCAGGAGUGUGACUGUCUCCGUUCUGAGAAGACGACCCUGGUGAACAGACUACACGGACUGGAGACGGACCUGGACAGUUCCAGGGAGCAGACUGCCAGUCUGAACAGCAGUCUGCAGUUACUGGAGAAGUCCCAGGGAGAGAUGCAGAGUAGACUGGGCUCACUGCAGGACCAACACCUCCAGGACGCUAACAAGCUGCAGUCACAGUUAACCCAGGCUGCUAGCAGGACACAGAGCCUGCAGAGAG